CAGAAUUUGGAUUGAAUACUCACGUUGCGGCUGCCUGUUGCUGAGUGGAAAACAGCAGAAAACCCUGGAUUCAAACAUCUAUCGGGUUUUGUUUUGCUUUAUUCUGUUUCUUUUCACUUUGCCUUAAGAAGAUGAACAAUGAAACCACAACCUUGAUAUCCUUGAAGAAGGCAAUGAAAAGAGUAGACCAUAAACUCCAAGCUUUAGAAGCACAGUUCAAAGAACUGGACAACACCAAAGAUACUCUGACACAGAAAUUUGAACAUCAUAGCAAGACUUUAGCAAGCCAAGCAGCUCAAGAUGAGAUGUGGACAGCAGUUUUGGCACUGAAGUUCACUACGAUGGAACUGAAUAUUUUAUACAGCUAUGUCAUUGAAGUACUUAUCAGCUUGCACACUCGUGUGCUUGAGAAACUGCCAGACCUGGUGAGAGGUCUUCCCACCUUAACUUCUGUCCUUAGACGAAAAGUUAAGAACAAGCGCAUUAGAGUUGUGUGGGAGUCUGUUCUGGAGGAGUGUGGGCUACAAGAAGGCGAUAUCAUGGCACUCUGUACCUUCUUUAUUGCACAUGGUCACAAGGCAGAUCAUUAUGCUGCUAAAGCACGACAGAUGUACAUCAGGGAUCUCACAUUCAUGAUCACUAACAUGGUAAAGUACCAGGCUCUGCAGGAUGGUUUGCUGAGGGCUGUUCAGGUCAUUGAGAAAGGGAAAGCAGUGAGGACCCCUGAAGAGCAAAAGUCAUCCCUAAAAGAGUUGAUACCAUCAAUCAAAAACUAACCUGCUGCCCCAUAACCCUGAUGUCACUUGUAGCAAUUUACCUUGAAAAAAGCAAAAAGUAUGCACAAUUUAUUUAUUGCAGAUUUAUUUUUAUAGCAAAAAGUGAAGGUAGUAUUAAAGAAUUUGUGAAAUUUGUACAAUGAAUAUUUUUAUUAAUGUCUAUAAAUGAAUGAAAAAGCUCUUUGUUAAACGAUAUGGAGUUAUCAUCAUAAUGUGUUGUUUUUAAAUAUUUCCUAUAUGUAUGUAUUGUUAAGUGGAAAAAGGAAAAAAAUCAAUAUUAUAUGACAUGUAAUAUUGGUUUAGCUAUCCAUAAACUUCUGCAGAGAUAUAUAAGAAAUUAUUUUAGUUGUUUUAGGAAAGAAAACUAAUACCUUAGAGGUCAAAGUUAAGAGGAAGUCUUUUCAUUGUUAACCCAUUUUGGACAUUUUGAAUUUUGAACUAAUUUGAAUGUACUGCUUUUAUUAAAAGGCGAAUAAAUAAUAAAACACCUAAAAUCUAUAUCAUGAGA